UCUGUCCGGACAUGUGAGCGGGUUGCACAGAUACUCGGAGUCGGUCUCGGCACGCCAUUGUGGGGAGAAGCUGUUACUUUCACACUUUGACUGACUCCACAGUCUGAGCUAAGCUUUCCCAGCUCAGUUAUUAACCCGAAUUUAGUAACAGCAGGAGCAAAAACUGUCCCACGAUGGCCACGGACUCAUGGGCUCAGGCAGUGGACGAACAAGAAGCUGCGGCGGAAUCGAUCGGAAACCUUCAAAUAAAAGAGAAACCAGAAGAAAACGGCACCACUGCAAAUGCACCAGACUCGAGUUCUGCUGUUGCAAAGUCACAAGGUGCAGGUGAAAAGAAGGAAACAGAUGAGGAUGACAAAGAUGACAAAGCGGCACAGUCAUUACUAAACAAACUCAUCCGGAGUAAUCUUGUCAAUAAUCCCAACCAAGUGGAAGUUCUUCAAAAGGACCCCAACUCUCCACUUUACUCGGUCAAGUCCUUUGAGGAGUUGCGACUUAAACCUCAGCUACUUCAGGGAGUUUAUGGCAUGGGUUUCAACCGGCCAUCAAAAAUCCAGGAGACUGCCUUACCUAUGAUGCUGGCUGAACCUCCACAGAAUUUAAUAGCCCAGUCACAGUCAGGAACAGGAAAAACAGCUGCCUUUGUCCUGGCCAUGCUCAGUCACGUCGACCCCAACUACAACUAUCCUCAGUGCUUGUGUGUGUCGCCCACCUAUGAACUGGCCCUUCAGACUGGUAAAGUGAUCGAGCAGAUGGGCAAACACUAUCCCGAGGUCAAACUCGUCUACGCCAUCAGAGGAAAUAAAUUGCAGCGUGGAAUAAAGCUGCAGGAACAGAUAGUUAUUGGCACACCUGGUACAAUGCUGGACUGGUGCACAAAGCUGAAGUUUAUAGACCCCAAGAAGAUCAAGGUGUUUGUCCUGGACGAGGCUGACGUCAUGAUCGCCACACAGGGUCACCAGGACCAGAGUAUCCGUAUUCAGAGGAUGCUGCCAAAAUCCUGUCAGAUGUUACUUUUUUCAGCCACGUUUGAAGAAACGGUCUGGAACUUUGCCCAGCGCAUUGUGCCCGACCCCAACAUCAUCAAACUGAAGAGAGAGGAGGAGACUCUGGACAAUAUCAAACAGUACUUUGUGAUGUGCUACAGCAAGGAGGAAAAAUUCCAGGCUCUCUGCAACAUCUACGGAGCUAUCACCAUCGCCCAGGCUAUGAUCUUCUGCCAUACAAGGAAGACUGCAGGCUGGCUGGCUGGGGAGCUGUCCAGAGAAGGUCACCAGGUGGCACUGCUCAGUGGAGAGAUGCAGGUUGAACAGAGGGCUGCGGUCAUUGAGCGCUUCAGAGAUGGCAAGGAGAAGGUUCUGGUCACGACAAACGUUUGUGCUCGAGGCAUCGAUGUAGAGCAGGUUUCCGUGGUGAUCAACUUUGACUUGCCAGUAGACAAGGACGGUAACCCAGACAAAGAGACCUACUUGCACAGGAUUGGCCGCACGGGUCGAUUUGGCAAACGGGGACUGGCGAUCAAUAUGGUGGACGGCCAGAUGAGCAUGAACAUCCUCAAAAGGAUUCAGGAGCAUUUCAAUAAAAACAUUGAACAACUAGACACUGAUGAUCUGGACGAAAUCGAGAAAAUCGCCAGCUAAAGAAUGGGACGUGGCCGCACGAUGGACGCCGACCUAACUUCCCUUCCCCUCUCCACUCUCCAAGGACUGUGUGCUCCUACAGUGUUUUAUGCUUUUAUUUUUUUAGCUGUCGGAGGAAAGGGCAAAAUCACAAACACAGCAUAAGUUUACAUGUGGAUGUGUCUCCUCUCAGACAUGUGUUUUUGUAUGUCUCUGGAACAUACCCCAUUUCACUCUUUGUACUUCUUUUGAAUAAAGACCAUGAGUUUUAUUGCUGUGUUUUGUGAUGCUGCACAAGAGGCAGGAUUUAGUUUAGACACAGUUUAACUGAACACACCUGGAUUUAAAAACAACAACAACACUGCUACUAUGUGUUUGCAUGAUACAAGUGACUCUUUUGAAGAGAUUCACAAACAAAAAACACCUCAUUGACAAAUUAUUAUGUGCCACAGAGUUUCAAGGAACAGCAACUUGAAUGAAUGUAACUAAAUCAUGUAAACUGUUAAAAGCUCCUGUUUCUUACCAAAAUGGAAAAGAGUGAAGUUGGGUAUGUUGGUCCAAGUGAUACUUAAAUCAUUUAUGAUUGUUACUGAACUGGUGAUGGUCGAGUUUCAAGGGUCUAUGCAAAUUUAUCUAACCUGUGACAGCUCUGUAAUCACAUGACACAAAAAAACAAACAAAAAAAAAUUAAUCCUCAAACAACCUCAGCUUUAGCAUCAGGGCGUGUAGUUUGUUAAAUGCCAAUAAUGUUUGCCUAGAGUGAUAAUACACUACUAACUCCAAUUCAUGCUCACUUCUGAUUUCUGUGUUUAACUGGUAAUUAAUCAGCCAACCCUACGUUUUUACUUGCGUUAUUUGUCAUUUUAAAAACUAUCAUGGCCACAAUCAGAAAUGACUUGGCACCACUGUUCUCCCCUUCAUCUGUGCUCAUGAAGGUUAAACUCAUUUGAAUUACUAACGUGGCCAUUAAGUUGUGAUAUAAUGUGUUUCCUUUUGUCAGUGUUUCACACAAUCUUUUCAAUCAGGGUCUCGACUUGAGCUCAGCUCCCUUCUUCACCCAGGCUGUGCUGUUUUUAGGAAUUAUAAGUUUUAAAAAAACAUAACUACUCAAUGCUUUCCUCAAGUGCAUUAUAUAUACAUUUGAUUUUUUGUUCCUGAUAUACUCAGAUAUCGGGCUUAAUGUUCUGAUUAACACUUGAAAUUUCGAUGAAAUAUUGACUUAACGAGCGUCUUUAGGAUGUGUGAAUUAUCUUCUUGAAACCAAAUGCUGAAUUCACUUGAGGACCUAUGCCAAUCAGAUUCACUGUGUUGCUCCAACACGGAAUAGUAAACAUGUACUUGUGUACAUAUUUAAAAUUUUUAGGUGAAAUAGUGGCUGAACUAUUGACAGUUAGUCACUUCUAAGAAGUGCAAAAAAGAAAAAAAAAAACAUUCCUCAUGAGGUUCAAUUUUGACGGACACGCGGCACUUCGAAUAUGAUGAGUUUAAACCCGUUGCAUUACAGGAUGACUGGAUGAAAUUAAUCUGGUGUGUUUGAUUCAAAGCGCUGGAACAUUAAGGGCAGUGAUUGGUCAGUCUGAACCUUGUUUUUUAAACCUCAUGAGUCUGGUUUUAACGGACUGUUUAUGGACAACUUGCUGUAACAACGUCACUCCACUCACUGAGCAGAUGCAGCCAAAGUAGAGGCGAGCGAGUGUGGAAAGCGGCGUAUGCCGUUUUAUUUGGACAUUUGGAUGUAAACAUGAAAUAUGAGCGUGUGUGAGUGUGCAUGCUCAUAUUUGUUGAUAUGUAAUGAAAAUGCCACUGUACGAAAGCCAUGGACACAGGGAAGAACUUAACACUCCACACGUAUACUUUGAUAAAUGUGAGAACCUACAACAUCCAGUUCACAUACAUAAAUACACAAACACACAUAUGUAGGAGUCAAAACUGCCUAACCAGGCUUAAAGCAAGUUGUCUAUUGUAACCUGAGGGUUGUGUGUGUGUGGUUAUCUGUAGCUGAGCUGCAUUCUUGGACAGUUGUAUCUUCAUAAUGUUGAAUUAAAAAAGAACAUAUAGACGUA